AUGGCUUCACGUUCGGCCACCAUUCCCAUUGUCCUCAUCCUUGCCUACCUCUCGUCGCCGGCGGCCGCCUUCAACGUCACCAGGCUACUCGGAGAGUUCUCCGAUUUCACAACGUUUAACAACCUCCUGUCGCAGACGAAGCUUGCGGAGGAUAUCAACCGCCGGCAGACCAUCACCGUGCUCGCCGUGGACAACAGCGCCGCGGGUGGCAUCUCCUCCCUCCCAUCCGACGUCCAGCCGAAGGUGCUCUCCAUGCACGUCGUCCUCGACUACUACGACACCGCUAAGCUCGGGGACAUCAAGAACCACUCCGCCCUGCUGACCACUAUGUUCCAGUCCUCCGGCCAGGCCACCGACCGCAUGGGCUUCCUCAACUUCACCAAGCGCUCCGACGGUGUCAUGGUGUUCGGCUCCGCCCAGCCUGGAGCGCAGAUGACCUCCCAUAUGGUGAAGUCCGUCACUUCCCGCCCGUACAACAUCUCAGUGCUGCAGGUCAGCGCCCCCAUUGUACCGCCCGGCGUCGGCGGCUCCUCGGACAGGGGCAAGGCCACGGCGCCCGCGCCCGCGCCCGCAACCAAGGGAAAGAAGGGAGCUCCUCCGCCCAAAGAUGAGGAGGCCCCUGCUCCGGCACCGUCCGACGACGCCAGCACAGACGCGCCUGCCGAUGCCCCUGGGCCGGCGGCGGACGGCCCAACGGCUGAUGGCCCUGCAGUUGAUGGCCCAACGUCUGAUGGCCCUGCGGCAGAUGGCCCCACGGCGGACGGCCCGGCAGCUGACGCGCCGGCGCAUAAGAAGAGUAGCGACGAGGCGGCGGCUGACGCGCCCGAGGGUUCAGCCGCCGGCAGGGUAGUGGCCGCUGCGGGUCUGGGAAUCGUGGCGCUUCUGAUGACGACCAUUUGA